ACAGGAAGUCGUAGGCAAUGAAGUGAAAUCGGUUCCCCAAAACAGGAAAUACAGUUCCAAGGCAAAUAAACAUCUUUAUUUAUCUUUUCAUCUAGGAAUAUAUAUCGCUUCAGCCGUCGGAAAACCCACCAGAGAGGCAGCAGCGCUAGUAUUGUGGUUGAAAUGAUGCGACUUGUCUUGUGACAGAUUCUUCAGAACGUAUUGCAGUGCAUUUUAUUUGGAGAACAAGCUGCAGCUCAACUAAGUGCUGAAGAUGCCACGUUUCAGAGCAUUACUGGAGAACCUGCAACAGAGGCUCAAAGUGGAUCUCUUCAGAGAAAUUGUCCGCCAGUAUCCUGUGUUCUGUUUCAUUGUACUGUUUCUUCUGUUAUCCACUGUUCUUUUAAACAGGUAUCUUCAUAUUUUGAUGAUCUUUUGGUCAUUCCUGGCUGGAGUUGUCACAUUUUACUGUGCAUUAGGACCAGAAUCUCUUCUGCCUAAUAUCCUGUUCACAAUCAAACCUAAACCCAAGAAUCUGGAGGUGCAAGAGUUAUUUCCCCUGGGGCAUAGCUGUGCAGUCUGUGGGAAAAUAAAAUGUAAACGUCACAGACCAACACUGCUGCUUGAAAACUAUCAACCAUGGUUAGACCUGAAAGUAUUCUCAAAAGUGGACACGUCACUUUCAGAAGUGCUGGAGUUAGUGCUGGAAAAUUUUGUUUAUCCCUGGUAUAGGGACCUUACAGAUGACGAAGCCUUUGUAGAUGAAUUGAGAGUAACACUGCGUUUUCUGGCUGCAGUGAUGGUUCGCAGAGCUCAAAAGGUCGAUGUUCCAGCACUUAUAACGUGCAAGUUACUUAAAGUUGCAAUGAAGCAUAUUGAAAUAAUUGCUAAGGCAAGACAGAGAGUGAAGAAUACAGAAUAUUUGCAGCAGGCUGCGUUAGAGGAGUAUGGGCCAGACUUGCAUGUAGCUGUACGAAGCCGGAGAGAUGAACUGCUGUACUUGAGAAAGCUAACUGAGCUUCUCUUCCCUUACAUUCUUCCUCCCAAAGGAACAGAUUGCAGGUCUCUUACGUUGCUUAUUCGAGAAAUUCUGUCCGGUUCAGUUUUUCUUCCAUCUCUGGACUUUUUGGCCGAUCCUGAUACUGUGAACCAUUUGCUGCUUUUGUUCAUCGAUGACACUCCUCCGGAAUCCGACACUGAACCUCCUUCAGCUUUGGUCCCGUUCCUGCAGAAGUAUGCUGAGCCGAGAAAUAAGAAACCGUCUGUGCUUAAGCUGGAGUUGAAGGAAAUACGAGAGCAGCAGGACCUUCUCUUCCGCUUCAUGAACUUUUUGAAACAGGAGGGUGCUGUCCAUGUGCUGCAGUUCUGCCUCACUGUGGAGGAGUUUAAUGACAAGAUCUUGUGUCCUGAGCUGACAGACCCUGCAAUGCUCUCUCUUCAUAAAGAGGUGAUAAAAAUCUAUGAGACAUACUGUUUGGACGAGAGCAUAGACAAAAUCCGAUUUGAUCCUUUCAUUGUAGAGGAAAUAAGGAACAUUGCAGAAGGACCGUAUCAAGGUGUUGUGAAGCUGCAGACCAUGCGCUGCUUGUUUGAGGCCUAUGAGCAUGUCUUGUCCUUGCUAGAGAAGGUCUUCACACCUAUGUUUUGCCACAGCGAUGAGUAUUUUAGACAGCUCUUAAGAGGUGCGGAAUCCCCUGCCCGUAACUCCAGGCUUAGUAGCUCUGAUCAGGAUUAUAUGCAGGGCACUGAACCUUCAUCCGUAGCACAGGCUGCCACCAUGAGCCCAGGGCCUUCAUCUGCAUCUGUUUUCCCUCAUGUCCAGUCAAUUAUAACACUCCCGUCUGGCAUUUUUCUAUCUCUCCCUGCUGCUUUAAAGAGCACCUCUAAACGUGGAGAAUCAUUUGGGAUAAGCCGGAUUGGCAGCAAAAUUAAAGGAGUGUUUAAAAGUACCACUCUGGAAGGGGCUAUGCUUCCAUCUUAUGGCUUAGCAGAAGGAGAGGAUGACUUGGUUGAAGAAGCUAUAAUGGUGCUUGAAGACGACUCGCCUGUGGAGGGGAUCAGCACUCCAAGCACUCCGCGGAACCUCUCUGCCUGGAACAUAACUAUCCCCUAUGUGGACUUCUUUGAUGACAUUAAGAAAGAACGGAUUCCUGUCUUCUGCAUAGAUGUGGAACGGAAUGACAGGAAGGCAGUGGGUCAUGAAACUGAACACUGGUCUGUAUACAGAAGAUACCUGGAAUUCUAUGUCUUGGAAUCAAAACUGACAGAAUUUCAUGGCUCAUUUCCAGACACUCAGCUUCCCUCUAAAAGAAUUAUAGGACCAAAGAACUAUGAGUUCUUACAGUCGAAGAGAGAGGAGUUCCAGGAGUACCUGCAGAAACUUUUACAGCAUCCAGAGUUGAGCAAUAGCCAGUUGUUGGCAGAUUUCUUAUCCCCCAAUGGGGGAGAGUCACAGUUUCUUGAUAAAAUGCUGCCAGAUGUCAAUUUAGGAAAAAUGAUAAAAGCUGUACCUGGCAAAUUGAUCAAAGAGAAAGGGCAGCAUUUGGAGCCUUUCAUUAUGUCCUUCUUCAGUUCUUGUGAAUCUCCAAAACCUAAACCGAGCAGGCCUGAACUGACCAUUGUAAGCCCAACUUCAGAGAACAAUAAGAAGCUUUUCAAUGACUUGUUCAAAAACAACGCCAAUCGCUCAGACAGUACAGAGAAAAAAUAUAAUCAAAACUACUUUAUGGAGAUGAUAACAGUGGAGGGAGUCUAUGAUUACUUGAUGUAUGUCGGGCGAGUUGUGUUUCAUAUCCCUGACUGGCUACAUCACCUCCUGAGUGGCGGACGAAUGCUUUUUAAGAACACGCUUGAACCCUAUUGUGACUAUUACCUGCAGUACAAGUUGGAUCAGGUCCUUCGGGAGCACAGAGUUGUGUCUCUGAUAACUCUUUUAAGAGAUGCUGUGUUUUGUGAGAACAGUGAACCUCGCUCUUGUGAAGACAAACAAAAAAGAGCAAAAAAGACAUUUGAGGAAAUGAUGAACUACAUUCCAGAUUUCAUUGUGAAAUGCAUUGGCGAAGAGGCUAAGUAUGAAGGUGUAAGACUGCUGUUUGAUGGGUUACAACAACCAGUGCUGAACAAACAGCUGACAUACGUACUGUUGGAUAUUGUAGUCCUGGAGCUUUUCCCCGAGCUCAAUAAGCAGGUACAAAAGGAGGUGUCCACUAUGGCAGCUUGGAUGUAGGCAAGCACACCAAUUUCGACUUGAUUCCAAUGAUGUGCAAUACAUGUCUCUGUAAAAAUACAAAUAUAACAGAAUGGGUUAUUGAAUUUCCUCAUCAAUACAUUUCUGUAUUAAAAAAGCAAAACAAAACUGUUUCAUCUUCCAACACUAAAAUUUCAUUGCACUAAUAAAAAAAAAUAUAUAUAUAUUUAUUGAUUUGAAAAUGUGUAACGUUAUUUGUUAAAAGAUAAAAGCUCCAGGGUUUCUUGCAGAAAGGACUGCAGAGCAAUCAAUAGUGGACUGGAUAUAAUAAUAGUAGCGGCCACUAGGAAACAUAAGAACAUAAGAAAGUUUACAAACGAGAGGAGGCCAUUCGGCCCAUCUUGCUUGUUUGGUUGUUAGUA